UAGUUAGCACACCACUAGGCGAAGCGCGCCGGCAAAUAAAAUUGUUUUCAUAGCCUUUCCAAACAAAUCCGGAACAAUGGCGAUGCAGAAGUUCUUCAGCGUGCUGCUGCCGGAUGUGAAGCGGGAGCUGCGCCGCGGGAUCAUCGAGUGCUCCAAGCGGGGCCUCCUGCACAGCACCAAGUGGCUGGCGGAAAUGCAUCACGGACUGGCCGAUGUGCACAUAGACAAUGAGGCGCCUGAUGAGGAUCGCACAUUCAGCGAGUGUCAGCUGGAGGGGAUUGCGCCGGAGGAGUACAGCGACUACUUCCUGGCCAAGAGCUACUACGACGUGAGGGAGUACGACAGGGCGGCGCAUGCGGUCAGGAACUGCGAGUCCAGUGUUCCGCGCUUCCUGCACUUCUAUUCCAGCUACAUGGCCAGGGAAAAGCGGCGACUGGACUCGACCACGGACCAGGCGAAUCUGCACGAACCGAAUCAGAUGCGCGAUCUCGCCGACCUGCUGGCUACGUUGCGCAUGGAAUACGGCAAAAGUCGGCUCGAUGGCUACGGAAUAUACUUAUACGGAGUAGUCCUGAAAGCACUGAAUCUCAACCAGGCCGCCGAGCAAAUGCUGGUCCAGGCCAUCAGACUGGUACCCAUGCUGUGGAGCGCCUAUCUGGAGCUCUCGCCCCUCAUCAUGGAGAAGAAGAAACUGCUGAGCCUGCAGCUGGGUGGUCACUGGAUGCGGCACUUCUUCAUGGCGCACACUUACCUGGAGCUGUACCUCAACGACGACGGCCUGAAGAUCUACGAGGACCUGCAGGCAUCGGGUUUCAGCAAGAGCAUCUACUUGAUUGCCCAGAUGGCUCUGGUCUAUCACAAUAAGCGGGAUGUGGACAAGGCGAUUGAGCUGUACCAGGCGCUUCUCGAGAGCGCUUCUCCCUACCGCCUGGACAAUGUGGACACCUAUUCCAAUCUGCUGUUCGUCAAGGAGAUGAAAACCGAAAUGGCACAGUUGGCCCACAAGGCUGUCAGCAUCAACAAGUACCGCCCGGAGACGUGUUGUGUAAUAGGCAACUACUACAGUAUCCGCUGUGAUCACCAGGUGGCCAUUUCCUACUUUCAACGCGCCCUGAAACUGAAUCCCAAGUAGCAUUAGCUAAAUUCAAUCGCAUCAUAGACUCCACUUUGGAGCGACCACCAGUGGCCGUAGACUACUCCGGACUGCCCCAGCUGAGCAGUGCCACACUGCAGCAGCGCUUCAACCUGGCCUAUCCGGAGUUGGUGAACCAACAGCAGCAGCAGCAGCAGCAGUUGCAGCUGCAACAGCACCACCAGCAACAUGAUGCGACCAAGCAGAUCAGCAGCCUCCAGGGGAACCCCCGAUUGGAUCGUGGAACGGACGCCGUUGCCAGCACUCCAUUAACACUUCAAGCACCCAGAACUCCAGCAACGGCGACGGAGGAGCAACUUGAUUCGGGGCAUCCCCAUGACGACGCAGACGUCGUCGACCACGAUGAUCAUCCCCACCACGACGAGGAUAAUCAAACGAAACGAAAUGAUGUGCAUUAUUUGUUGAAACAGUUGAAUAGUUUUAGUGAUAUAGAAGAAAUAGAAAUUGUUGAUAUGAAGCAAAGAGGUCAGCGGCCGCCGAUGGCGUCCAGUUCGUUGGCCACCAUGAUGCCGCCGCCCUCGCCAGCACCGCCGGCAUCGCCAUCCACGCAGUCACAUCGACUGGGUCCGCGGUUCGCCUCCUCCGGCGACAGUUCGCUGGUCCUGCCGCAGCACCAGUUCGACGACUAUCUGUUCGAGUCCUGCCACUACCUGGAGACAAACUACUUUGCCGCCACAUACCGCACUGCCAUGGUCGAGAGCAGCUCGCACGAGUUCCGGCCCUCGACCAACAGCAGCUCGAACAGCUUCGAGCUGCACGAGAUGGAGCCGCCCAGUGUCAUCUGCAAGGCGGGCGUGCCGCCUCCACUGGUUUCCAGUCACCCUGGUCAUCCUGGUCAUCCUGAUCAUCCGCCGCCGCGGUACCAAUUCGAGUACCAGGCGGAGACCCGGCUGACCACCAGUGGGGUGCAGACGGAGCUCACCGUCGAAUCGCUGGCCAAGAUGAGCAACUGCAGCGGGAGCAGCUCUUCCUCGUCGGCGACGAGGGCUCCUCCCUUCUUCCGGUGCUGCUACACGCCCAUCGAUCGCUGGCGGGAGAGGAGGCAGCAGCAGAAGAGCUCCUCCGCCUCCUCGUCCGCCGCACAGCCGCCCAAGAACGUCUGACACUGGGCGUGGCAGUCCACUUGGAGACCCAACAUGUGCCUGGCUAACUUAGAUCAGGGAUGCAAGCCAAGGGGAAUCGGGAUGUUUUCGGAAUUCACAAUCAUGGUUCGAUUUAGUGGGUCAUGUGAAAGUUCUCUACUUGAAAGUGAAGAAGAUAUCAAAAGCUUGUGGGGAUUGGAAUUCAUAUCCACAAAACAGCUUUCCAAAAUGAUUUCAAGUUCCAAAUACUUCCCUCAAAACUUUUGUAUCUAAAAAAUAAUUCUACAUUUUCCGAACCACUAGCCUUACGAAAUAUGGAUAUGAUAUAAUCACGAGCGGCUUGCAUCCCUGUUAUAUUUUGGUCGCUGUUCUCAUUUGCGAUAUCAACAAGAGAUUCCAUUUCGAUCGACAGUCGAUACACGAGUCAUGAAUCAUUCAUCACGAAUCCCUAUCAUUCGGUGAAAGUUCAUAAUGUACAAUUUAUAUAUGCUAAAACGUAAACCAGAAAUGUUAGUAAACAAUUUUUAUACACACAUCACAGCCACACACAGACAGUCGCACAUUUUUGCAAUACACCAAAGUAAAUGAUUUGGAAGUUUGUAUAAUUACCUAAGAGUUGUUACAUGCUCAGCAGAAAACCAGGAUAGCCACAACUACUGAUUCCCAUUAAACUUCACUGGCUUUCCCUCCCAGCAAUCCAGCAUCCCAGCAUUUCCCCCCUGAGCUAGCCAGGUUUUCCGCUGGGCAUCUACCUGAGCUGAACCCAACUUAGGCCUAAUGUUGUAUUCGAAAUACGAAGAUAUUGUUAAAAAUGAUUGAUGGCAAGAGGGGGCGAUAGGGGAGGCGAGAGCUUGUAUAGUAAGUUGAUAAUUAAAUAGCAUUAUGGAGAAUUGUAGAAUCACGUUGAAGGUGGCCAGAUCAGCAGGACGAGGGCACUUUUGUUUUAAGCCUAUAGUCUACAGACUGUAGAUUCUAAACUCUAGAUUCCGAUUCUCUCGGCUAACCAAGUCCAAGGCAACUUGGGCAGAUAUCAGCGAGCGCCUGGGGAAACCGAAGGGGAAACGGACACAAAGCAAUUGUUACAUCAAUUAGACACUAUAUUCUGUUGACCUAUCGUUUAACUCGAUUAUUGUUUCGGAAGAUACGCAUUUAAGGAAUUGUUGUUAGAGCACAAGAGAUACAGAUACAGAUACAGAUACAGAUACUGGCUAUGCGAGCAAACCGAAUAGGACACAAUUCAACUCUAAGCCAACCAAGAGCAAUAUUAGUUCUAAAAUCAGUUCGGAUUCGUCAAUUCUGUUGAUAGCAUAUGCAAGUAACUAGCAUAACUAACAUACAUCAAAUAUAUCACUACCUUGAAUAAGCCUUGAGAUCACGCUUCGGUUUUUCGCAAAAUAAAUAUACAUAUAUGAACAAUGUAUGCGCAUUGGAACACCUCUACUGAGUACUGGAGUUUAUUUCACCAAAAAUUUCCGCUGCUGCUCAAUCGAUCAAAGGAACUGAGACUCACUCUGGUUUCAGGAUCUUCGGCUGAGUUCUUCCAACUGCGAUCUGAGAAAGUAGCAAAAUCAGAAAUCCGAGGGGAAACAAACAUCACGACAACUGAAAUGAAAACCAAACAAAUGCCUUUAACCUGCCCACUCCUCUUACACUGAAAACAAAAAACAAACAAACAAAAAACACAAUACGAAAGUAGCCCAAGAAUGGUGGUAACCAAUGUUGGUCGAUAAUGCGCUGAGCGAAACGCAAAUCCCUGUAAAUCACGAGCGAAGCGAACUAAUUUAUUUAAAAUAUACAUAUAUAUAUAUAUAUCAACACGUUGAUUAUGUUAAUCAUUACGAACGACAUAACAAAUAAGUUGUUAUCAAGCAAGGAAGUGGGAUAAAUGGGGCAGAAAAUAACGUUAGAGUAACUACCUAUUGUUGUAUGGUUUGUUUUAUUCGAAGCGCACGAAAUGUAAUAAACAUUUAAGUAAUCGCUAGAAAAAAAAAAACAAGAAAAAAGAAAUGGAAAUGGAAAAGGAAAAGGGGAGGGGUGGGGAAAUGGAAAGGAGAGGAGAGUAAUAAACCCUUAGCUAAAGUGAAAUUUUUGUAAACUUUUUGAUAUGUGAUGAUGAUUUGGAUAAAUUAGAGCCACAGAGCAAAGAAUUAUUACCUUAACCUAGUCGUAGAUAUUUAAUCUAAUUCAAAUGAGUAGCGCAAAUGCCAGCGGGCAAACCCGAAGGGAACUAGCUGAAUUCUAGGCAGGAUUAGCAUUUGGCCAGUUGUUAUGCAAUAAUCGUAGUCUCGGCCAGCCGAAGCACCAAUCCAGGGCUCCUUCCGGCAUCGGGAUCAUCCAGAUAAGAUCUACCCAUCUACCUACGUAUCAAUCUAUGUGGAUCCCAUCCGAUACGAUGCAGAGGAGGGAACUGUUAUUAGCAAUACUGAAUAUCCGUGGCAAUUCAAUUGUGUAAUUGUAUUAGACGAGGCAUUGAUAAAUCGUAGGAGCGUUUAACUAGUUAAACGAACCGAAGCGCAAAUGAGAUAGGAACUCAAAGCGAUCCGAUCAGAAAUGAAAUGAAAUUACUAAGUGUAACUAAGCGAGUAAGUAGAAAAUAUUCAAUUGUAAAUAGGACUCAUUUCCAGUCGUCUCUUGGUUUGUCGAUUGACUUCGAUUUCGAUAGAAAAUUAUGCGUUAGCCAUGAUGGGGAAGAUGAUGUGCGGAUAUACAUAUGCGGAGUACAUAUGUAGGUAUGGAUGAUAUACAUAUGUAUGUAUGUAUGUAUUACCGGACACGAGUAAUCACACACGAAAAAGCUUUAAUUAAUUUAAUUACCGGAAAGGAAACCAAGUGAACGUACUUGUUGCAGCAACAACAAGCUAUGUAUUUACAAUACUCAUUUUUGAUAUCAUUCCCAUUGGUAACGUACGGAUUCCAUUGUAGAUACCUAUUGAGCAGCCAGUAAUUAAUUAACUAGUCCGCUAAGUCGUCAAUGUCGCCUAAUAUAUUGCAUCAGAAAAUACAAUAACAGAGCAUUUUAGCUGUAAACCAAUCCAGAGAGACAACUAAAAAAAACCAAAAAAAAAAAAAAACAAACAAACAAACAGACCUGGAACACCCGAAAUCCACUUAAGACAAGUAGACACACACACACACACACACACACAUAUACAUUCGACACACUAAGCUUUUAUAAACUAUUUAACAAGAAUAUAUAUAUAUAUAUAUACUAUGGAAAAUAAUAAUCCUGCCAAGUAACAUUCGAAUACCUGCUUGAAGAAGAUACACCCGCUUUUGCUAAGAAACCAAAAAUUAAAAAAAAGAAACAAAACGAAAAAAAGUUAAGAAAUAAAACCAAGAUUUAAUAACGAGGACGAGAUGUGCAAUGAAACCAAAAAUAGAGACAGAUCUAGAAGAGAUACUAUGGCUAAAUACGAUUUUUAUACUUUCGAUAAAAUGAUUUUUUAUACUAAACGUAAAAGCUCUUUGGAACACGGACGUGGCGAUUUCAGAAUCACUUUGAUUUGGGUCAGGAGAUAAAGGUCAUAUUAUAGUUAUUAUACAAAGAUAUAGUAUCCGUACAUUAUACAUAUGUGUAAAACCCUAACUGCAACUAUGGAACGACAGCACAAAUUUUGUUGAACGCGGGGUGGAGAGCGCCCCGAAAAAGCUGACAAGUGGAAAACAAAAAUCAAAUACUGACUAAAGCAGAAAAAUCGUUUUUAAGUCCAAUUCUCAACACACACACACACACACCCAUACACACUCACGCAGCAACAUGAAAUCAAAUAUAUACUAAAUAUAUAAACAUUUAUGUAUAUAUUUAGCAGACGAGUAAAUAAACCACACCCGCGCACAAAUCGCUUACAUAAACGAAUUACGAAUUAACUAUGCUUUGUAAGCCCAAAUAGGGUCAAAACCCAAAUUCACGACCCGCAGCCAGCGAGGAUCUCUAGCGGAAAUGUCCACAAUCUUAGCCAGCGACAGCGAUUUUUGUAUGAGCAAAGAACUAAAAUUUGUAAAUAUACAUAUAUGUAUUUCUUGAUUUUAUCGAAAGGAAAAAGCGACACACUGAGAUCAUUCGAGUCCUUAUAGUUUUUAGUUUUAUCCUAAUUGCAACCGAAACUCUUUUCUAUCUAUAUCUAGCCAGAUAUCGGAGUACAUAAGCGAGAGCAUACUUUAAAUGGAAAAUUAUAGCAAGAGUAAUGAACAAUGUCAACUACAAUAAAUUAGCAAAAUGAAGGCGGGCGGGCGGAAGUGAAGGAAAGGGAAUGAAAUUAAAUAUUAGUGCAAUAAUUAACAAAUUAUUCGGUAAAAUUAAAAUGGAAUACAUCUAAGUAAACGCUUUGUAAAAUACAUAUAAACAAUUUAUUAAAUGGAAAACGGAAAAUGGAAAACAAUAAAAGCGAAUAAAACCCAAGAGGAAAAUGAAACACUAUUGAGUAAUUAAUAAAAGCAUUGACAUUGACAUUGACACACGUG